CAUAAGAUGAGCCAUAUGUCAGCAUGAGCAGCUUCGGACAGGUCCUGAAGGAGGUUGGGGGGUUUGGUUCGUUUCAGAAGCRCUUGCUCGCCGCAGUAUGCAUCCCCGGCAUGUUCUCAGCCUGCGAUGUGAUAGGCCAGGUGUUCACAGGCAUGAGCUUUCCACACCACUGCAACACUGACUGGAUCCUGGUGCCAGGACCAAACCUGACAGAGGAGAAACAGAAGAACCUCACCAUCCCAGUGGACCAGGACGGAAGGUUCGAAAGCUGUGAAAUGUUCACGCCUGUAGAUCUGGAUUUGGAAACGAUUGAAAGGUACGGCCUUAACAGCACAACAGGAUGCAGAGAUGGAUGGAAGUAYGAGGUCCAACCAGGGGCUUCCAGCAUUGUGACAGAGUUUGACCUCGUUUGUGAUAAGAUGGGUUUGACUGAGGUGUCCCAGUCUGUCUUCAUGGCAGGGGUUCUGUUUGGAGCCUUAGUGUUUGGGUCCAUUUCUGAYAGGUUUGGCAGAAGAUUUGCUUUGCUCUUGUCACUUUUCCUCACCAUGUUGUUUGGCGUGGCCACAGCUUUCUCACCAAAUAUCUACGUUUAUAUGGUCCUGAAGUUUUUUAGUGGAUUCUCAAGUGGUGUAAUUGUUAUGAACGCAUCCAUAAUGGUGGUGGAAUGGAUUGAUCCUUCGAAGUCUGCUUUUUGCACAGUGGUCAUCAUGAAUAUGUUAUCUGUCGGACAGAUGCUGUUGUCUGGUAUCGCCUACUUGAUCACAAACUGGAGGAUUCAGCGGCUGGUGCUCUUCUCCCCUGUUGUUCUUGUCCUAGUGACCAUGUACUGGUUUCUCCCAGAGUCGGCUCGAUGGCUCGUGACGCAGGGCAGGAAGAAGGAGGCACAAAAGCAGCUGGAGUGGGCAGCCAGAGUCAACAAGAGGAGUUUACCAGAAGGUCUUCUGGAUAAGGUCAAUUUAGAGAGUAAUCAGGAYAAAAAGAACAUGUUGGACAUCUUCAGAAUACCGUAUUUGAGAAAACGCACUGCAAUUAUGGCYUUUAACUGGUUUGCAGCAAGUACUUUGUUUUAUGGGCUGAGCCUAAAUAUUGGGAGUUUCGGCCUGGAUAUUUACAUCACGCAGCUCAUCUUUGGGUUUGUUGAAAUCCCUGCCAACUUGGGGGCGUGGCCUACGAUCCAACACUUUGGGAGGAGAAUCUGUGAGRCGUGUUUCCUGUUCUUCGGUGGCGUCUCUUGUCUGCUGACACUCGCCGUUCCGAAAGAUCUUCCUGCGGUGGUAACGGUCGUAGCGAUGCUGGGAAAAUUCUCUGCCACGGCUGCUUUCAGUACCGCCUACGUUUACACAGCUGAGUUAUACCCAACUGAUAUCAGACACAGCGGUAUGGGUCUGAACUCCAUGAGCGCUCGCGUGGCGGGCAUCCUGGCCCCACUGAUYCGWCUCCUGGAUGUUUACCAUCACACUGUUCCCAUGGUGAUUUACGGCAUCAUCCCAAUGGCUGCUGGUGGUUUCUGUUUACUGCUGCCUGAAACGCUCAACACUGAACUUCAGGACCACGCUGAGAUCAUAAACACAAUGAAUGGACCAGUGGAGGAUCAACGCACUGAAGGUGUUGAAGAAAAACUGUAAAUUAUGCUCAAAUAAAAAAAAUGAUUUGAUUAAGUAAACUCAACACCACAUCUUUAUCACUCGCCACCAAAGAGAAAAGRGGGACAAUGUUUUGCCCCUGUUUGUGUGUGUUUCUGUUAGGACCCUGUGUGAACAUUUACCUUGUCAGGACCAGCGGUUCUUUUGCGAACCAAAACCCAGUCCUAAUAUAGUGGAACACAAUUUUUGUGUUAGGGUUUAGGCCCUAAACCUGAC